GAGUUGUCAAAAAAUUGAAAAAUCACUAGAGUUUCCCGAUUUUUCGUGCAUCCGGCAAAAUCGCGUGAUCAUUUUUAUUUGUAAGUUAUGAAUUUCCGCAUAACCCGUUUCAACAAUAUAUGGACCAAGUGUCUAUUAUACCUCCUGUUGAAUUCGCAUGCAGUACUUUGUCUCUACGAAGACCAAAUAGGAAAAUUCGACUGGUUGCAGCAUUAUGUUGGUAAAUUGAAAUAUGGCACUUUUGAUUCAGGUUCUAUGGAUCGAAUAGUAGUAGCCACAGAAAGUAAUGUUUUAGCAGCGAUUAGUGCCAAGACAGGCGAGAUUUUGUGGCGUCAGGUACUAGAAAAAGGUUCUCGAGGGGACAUUAAAUUGUUGCAUGUUCCAGCACAAGGAUUCGAAAUACAAUCUACUGGAAAUCGUUUUAGCAGAGCAUCGGAUAUUAUAACUGUGUCUGGAGUCAGCCCUACCCUGAUUCGAGGUUGGAAUCCGAAUACCGGUGCACUGGAAUGGGAAUGGUCAAUAUUGCCAACGUCUCCAGAAAAAGCUGAAAGGGGUCAAUGGUUUAAAAAUGAAAUAAAUUUGUACCAUGUUGUUCCCGUUUUGGGUUCUCACAUUGAAGUAACAGAAUACAUCGCAACCAGUGGCCAACAAGUAAAACAGACUACUUCCCGCAUAUCAGCCGCCUGGAUUCGCGAUGAAAAAUGUGUUCUUGUUGCUCCUUUUUAUGCUUGUGCAUUACAAGAUCAAAUCAUGGCAAUAGACUUAUUGUCGGAUAAUGCACAAAUUAUUGCCAGACCCUUAAAGUCCCUCGCAAUGGGUUCUCCUACACCUCUCCAUGGCAUUCCGGGUAUUGUUCAAGAUCAUCAGUUAUACUGGUUAACAUCGGAACGUCAGAUGCAAUUGCAAUUAGAGGAUACGGUGCUUGUCGAUGACAGCAUUCUCGACGGUGACCAGUUGCUUCUGCACGCCUCAGUAAACCGUACACAAAAUACAUUGAAAUUAUCAGCUACAAAAGUAGCCGACGGCAGUCCAUACGACGCGAUAAAUUUUGUCUCAGAUUAUCCUGACACAUUGGGAUGUCCAAAAUUAACUGCUGUACGCUGCAAAACAAGCUCGGAAAGCAGUAAAAAUCGUGGUCAACUUGCAUGUAGAUUGUUGCUGUCCAGUGAGGAUGGUGCGCUUACUUUGAUACAGGCGGCCAAAAUCAAAUGGACGCGUGAGGAAGCUUUGGCCAGCGUGGAAACAGCCGAUUUUCUUGACCUAACUUUAUCCGAUGCUGAAGGAGCAAUUGAAGAGGAGCUAAACAACAAAAACGGGGACGUGCUAGGCGCUCUCCAGCGACGAAUCGCCAGUCAAAUUGGUCACGUGAAGAAUUUGGUCCUUCAUGUACUUGGGUUGGGCCCAGCACCAUCUAAAGCACAAAAAGCUGGCCUUGUUCGAGAUGAUUUUGGAUUGCAUAAAAUGCUCAUUGUUGUUACAACUAGUGGUAAAAUUUUCGGUAUCGAUAAUGUGAGCGGCAAGCAACACUGGGUGCGGUACAUGCCAGAAGUAACCAAUUUUGCUAACGAUCAAAGCAUAAAAUUGCUGGUACAAAGAACAUCUCGUUUCUACCCUUUGGCCGCCCAAUGCGUGGUACUCGGCAGGCACAGACAAACGAAAAAUGGAAUCCUCUACCAAUUCAACCCUAUUACUGGACAACCUGUAAACGGUGGAAUCAUUCAGUUGCCCUAUAAGAUUCACCAAAUAUCUCUAUUGCAUCAAACUGGACCAGAUUUUUUGAAAGGAUUAUUGAUUUUGGACGAAAAAAAUGAUGCUCAUGUUGUUCCAGAUAGUUCCGCAAAAUACGCCCAUAAUUUUUACAUUUUCAGUGCAGAACAAGAGAAGGCAACUAUUUAUGGAUAUUUAAUUGAAUUUCAUAACAAUAAACUUAGUACCACUCCGAUAUGGACUGUAAAUCUUGGAGGAUUAAACAAUGGGCAGAAAAUUGUGGCAAUUGAAGGUAAAAAUCCAAUUGAACACGUGCAUUCCCAAGGACGAGUGCUGGCUGAUCGAUCGGUCCUUUAUAAAUAUAACAACCCAAAUUUGGUUGCCGUAGCAACUCAUGGACCUGAUAAUAUCCACAAAUAUAUUAUGAACAUUCAUCUAUUAGAUGUCGUUUCUGGAUCAAUCGUAUUUUCCAUGUCUCACAAGCGUGUUCGACCGCCAUUGCACAUGGUUCACUCGGAAAAUUGGCUUGUUUAUGCUUAUUACAACGAUAAAGUGCGUCGAACGGAAGUUUCUUCUUUAGAAUUGUAUGAGGGCAAAACACAAGCAAACAGUACCGUUUGGAGUUCACUAGAUGCUCCACCUCUGCCAUUGGUGGAAAGACAAACCUACAUCCUCCCAGUUGCGGUAGCUUCAAUGAAAGAGACAAUCACUGAAAAAGGCAUCACAAGCAAACAUAUUCUAAUUGGCCUUAGUACUGGUGCAAUUGCUGAAAUGUCUUGGGCAUUGUUGGACCCUCGUCGUCCAAUAACUUCACCGGAGAAGGCCCGGGAAGAAGGUAUCAUCCCGUACAUGCCUGAACUACCAAUGCCUCAUGAGAUUAUCAUUAAUUACAACCAAUCAAUUAGCAAUUUAAAAGGAAUCUACACUGCGCCUUCCGGACUAGAAAGCUCCUGUCUCGUCUUUGCUCACGGUUUAGAUAUUUUUGUUACGCGAGUAGCUCCUUCGAAAACCUUUGAUCUUUUAAAAGAAGACUUUGACUAUUUUCUAAUAACUGUAGUGCUAGUCAUUCUUACAAGCACAUCUUACAUAGUAAAACUUUUCGCAUCGAAAAAAGCCAUCAAGCAAGCAUGGAAAUGAAUAAUUGUAAAAUUUAGAAAAUGUUUGUUUCUAUUAGGAAAAUUACAUAAUUUAUUUCUUGGGUGAUUUUUUCUUUUAAACUAUAUUUCGUUUUACUGCCCUUAAUUGCACUAAGAGAUCUCAACCCUUUCUAUCCUAUGGUAUAGUACAAAAAUCCACAUUUGAUCACCACACCACGGUAACUGUUUAGCUAUGCAAUACUGCUUCGAAUGUAUUUUCGAUUUAAGUAUUAAUUUUUGCUGCUGGAAGACGUGGAUUACUCAUGCAGUCAUAAGAAUGAAAGUUGAGCGGGCGCCUUGUUGUCUUCGCCAUGACCAGGACCCGACAUCGUCGGAACAAAUAAAUAUUACGGAGUUUCUCUACAACCGUUUUAAACACGAAACGACUUGAUUCGUUUUUCUAAUGAACCUUACAAGCGAGCUGGUGAUUUUUUCAAAAAAUGUAGACUCAAUAACAACAUGUUAAGGGAAUCGAAAUUGUGAAUCAAUUUCAAUUAAUUUUUUAGCGAGUUUGCUAGUCUUUUGCCCAAUUGUUUAUAGAAAAGUAUAAAUAAAAUAUUAAUGGCCGUCGUCAAGAUGAAUUUAUUGCACCCUGCUUCGCUGAUGCUGAUUGAAGCUAAUUUUGAAGUGAUUCGGAGAUAUUUAAAAUGAAUCCUAAGUUUCAAAAUUUCAUUGGUUUUCACAACUUCAAAUAUAUAUAGAAUUAUAACGUUAGACAACAAAAUGUCGAAAAUGACCAAAUGUAACAUGGGACAGUUAUGCUUCCACCGGCAGUGAAGUAAUUCGCGAUUUCGUCACUAACGAGAAUGACAUUAGCUGGGGCUGGUUUAUAUAGGAAUGAGAGGGGAGCAAAGAGUGGAGGAGAGGAUCCAGGAGUUUGAAAUUUGAUGUUGUUGAUAUUAUUCCUACUGCAAACAACCUCAGCGAGGGCCCCAGCUAAUGCUAAAAAAUCUUUAUAUGUGUGCGUGGUGGAAUACUUCAUAAUAGUCAAAUCUCCGAAAGUGACGAAAGUCAGCACGCAGAAUAUCUUUAAUAAAAAUUCAAAAGAAUUACGUAGGAAAAUAAAG